AUGUGGACGGCUCUCCUCUCUGGAAGCCUUCUCUUUGUGGGCUCUGUUGCUGUUCACCACUACGAGUUCCACAUGGAGACCACACUCUACUGCGUCGAAGGCCUCACAGAUUUCGAGGGGAAACCCCACCCUUGCAGCAAGUCUAUCGCCUCUAACACGGCCGGCAUGACCCUUCCCGGUAUGGACGACGGCAAGUCCCUCAUGUUCAAGUCUCACCUGGUUAUCGGUAGCGAUGGGUCUGAGGCCAGAAUUGAUGCUCAUCCAGCCUAUCCUUAUCAGUACUUCAUGACGACCACGACUCCGGAGCUAGUAUCCGUGCAUAGUCUCAGAAACGGUGAAUCGUUCUUUAUCGGUAGUGCCCCUCCUCAAGCUCAUAAUAUGCCUAUCGUAGCUGGUGGUUCCUUGUCGCUGAAAGAAGACGGGUGGACCUUCCAUUCGACUGUGGUGGUGGGUGGUGCGCGGCAGCAUACGUGGGUGAAGGAGGGCUUCAAAGGUGUAGAUCCAGCAACAGGCUUCAACCACUCACAUGUGCACGACGCUAAUCUAGCACCGGAUACCUGGACUCUCACCAUGGACGAGCGUGAAGAGAAGCCGUUGAAGCUUGUAGCUAGCAACAGUAAGCAUGGCCAUGCGCACCACCAGGUGGUGGUCUUCACCCACUUCGAGAAGAGAGAGGGCUCUCUAACCUCGAAAGAGGCUGAGGUGCGACUCUACAACGCGUACCAAGUCCCCAAGAACGUGGCGCCUUUGCCCUCCAGGAGGCUAAUGACUGCGCAGGAACAUCUUCAGAUCUUGAAGGACGCAGCUGGAAGUCUACUUUCUGGACAUAUACCUUCCGAUCCUGGUAGACUUAUUCACUCAGUGGGCUGGUUGAGGAACCAGCACUUCCGCACCUCUAAAAUUAUCAAGUAUUUUGCCCACAAUGCUGGAAAGGCGGCUGUCGAAUACUUCGCGAAUGGUGCUGCUCCUCGUGCUCCUCCUGGACCCGCCGUCGCGUUCGACUUCCAGUUUCCGAGGGGAUGCGAGACUUCUGCCAGGGUGAAUAGCCUUUGUAUUGCUAUCAAGGUUUCUGCAGCUGGUUCAAAACAUGCUGAAGGGUAUCUUCACGUACAGUUCCCGAAUGUUGAGAGGAGAGGCCUUGGAGCGAUCCUGGACCUAUCUAUUAAGAUGGAGCACGAUCCUUUCGUCAUUGACUUGAAUGCACACGGCACUGGCUGCUCGGUGGUCUUCAAGUUAGGGUCGGCCGUCUACAUCUCCGUAACGGUAUGCGUCCACGCCUUGGGUGGUUGUAACCGUAAUGUUCACACUGGCGUAUGCACUGCGUCUGUCGUGGCUUGGGCGCAUUUCACGGUGCAUCUUCCUAGACCGGUCGGUAACAUCAUUCAGGCCACUCUUACCAGUACCCUUGCUCUUCGUGCUGGCCCUAAAAACUUCGUGGAAGUUAAAGGAGGCAUCGGAACAAGCGCAUCGAUACCCUUCCCUAGUGCAAGUGCAAGUAUCAGGUUCAACUACGUGGCCGUCACCUUCGACCAAUACUUGGAGAGGUGGAAGUUGACCGCUGGGUUAACCUUCGAUGCUGGUAUCAGAUUACUCUUUUGGCGUCCCUCAUGGCACAAGUACUAUCCCCUCAUCUCCCACACUUACUAG